CAGCCGGGCCGCGCGCACCUGCGAGUAGGAGCACUUCUCCGAGUCGCUACCGCCCAGGACAGCGCACGCCUCGUUCUCCAGCUCCUCGUCCUCCUCGAGCACGUCCACCAGCGACACCACGGGCUCCAGCUCCGCCUGGCCGCCGGCGGGGCUCUCGGCUCCGGCCAUCCUCAACUGUCACAGUGCUCGGCUGCGCGGCCCAGGCGGAGGCGGGAAAAGUGACCGCCAGGGGCGUCGUGAGAAGGCGGGGCCUGCGCGCCAGGCAGCCAAUCCCAAAGAAGGAGACGGAAGGAAAAUGGGCGGGGCGGUUCCCGGGAAUCGGAAGUCAUUCCUUUUACCCGCCUCUCUCGCCCGCCCCGGCCGCGGGGUGGCUUCCGCUUCCGGGUGGCAAUUCUCUGUGGCGCGCUGUUGAAGCUAAGUGGUCGUCAUGGAGCUUACGGGCGAGUACGUCGGGUGUGACGGGGAGACCCGGCGGCUGCAAGUGUCCUGUGAGGCGUCGGGCGACGCGGACCCUCUCCAGAGCCUGUCGGCGGGUGUGGCCAGAAUGAAGGAGCUGGUAGCCGAGUUCUUCGGACCCCUCGUGGAGCGGGACGCGCAGGGCGUGACAGCAGAUCCGGACGACGCUAUGGAUGGUGAUGAUGAAGAUGAUGCAGAAGAUGAAAAUAACAUUGGUAACAGAACUAAUUCAGAUGGACCAUCUGCAAAACGACCAAAACCAACAUCUUAGCAAUAGUUUUUUAUGAAAUUAAGACUGCUACUAAGUUGAAUGAGAUGUUGUAUACUUGUAAUCUUAAUACUUCAGAGGCUGGGGCAGGAGGAUCGAAAGUUGGAGCCUUGAUUGUACUACAUGUCAGGACCUUGCUUCAAAUAAAAGAUGAAGACAUCGGAGCACUACUGCUUCCUGACCAUCACAUGCUAGGACUUGCAGAAGACCUGUGCUCUAGUUGGGGAACUCAUUUAUUUUCUGGCAUUGGAACAAGUUUGUCACAUAGAAUACUUCCUGUUUCUAACAAAGAAAAGUACAAUAAAUGUUUGGGAAUGAA